AUAAGUGACCCGCAAGGUGCACUUCGCCACAGACGGUUUUUCGCUCGGUAACCUUAGGAAAAUGUCGCACUCGGUAUUUCGGAUCAUCGCCGCUGUUCUAGCAUCAUGGGCAAGUCUCACGUCUGCUCAAGAUCUCUACUGCACUUCGCCGUCAAAGUUCUACGUUUCCAGAGUAAUUCACAAUUGGAUCGGUGCCGCCGAGUACUGUCACCUGCUCGGGAUGCGAAUGGCCGUGAUCGACACUGAGGCCAAGCAGAAUGAAAUCGUCCGAUUGAUAGAGCAUUCGCUGAUCUUCAACGUCACCCGGACGGACCUGUGGAUUGGUGCAAGCGAUCUAGCGCAGGAAGGCACCUUCGUUUGGCUUGAAACCGGCAUGGAGAUUAGCAAAGGGUACACCAACUGGGGUCGAACUCAGCCGGAUAACCAGGGCAGCACUGAACACUGUCUUCACAUGUGGUACGAACCGGCCAAGAAUUUGACCUGGCAUUGGAAUGACUGGCACUGCGAGCGGAAACUGGUGGUGGUCUGUGAGAAUGUACAGGAAGCAGCUUGGCAUCACAAGUGAAUAAAGAUGUAAUUGUAGAU